UAUUGUUUAUAGUAUUUAUUAAGGUUUUAGAAUCGGGUCUGUUCGUGUGGCUUUAGUCAAGUUAGCUUUUUGGAGCAGUUAACCGUACAUACUGAGAUGUCGACAGGUUUUGCGUUAUAUCCAAAUCGUGAUUUUACCCCGAACGCUGUAGACAGUUGCGAAGUGAGGUUUGAGUCUCCGCGAUUGUCCUACUCUCAAACAAGUUUACUAACCAAUCCCCGCCGAGAGAUCGACGAAGAAAAAUCUCAUCAUUAUGAAGAUCCUACGGUUAUCAACGAACAAGUUCGUGUUUUACAAGGAGGAGGGAAUACAGGACAUCGAAAACGUUAUAACGAUAUGUACGAGCCGCAUAUACCACUGAAGAAUUUACGGGUCAGAUCGAGAGAUGAUUCAAGUUGUUCAGAACUGUCGGACACACCUUCAAAAGAAUCUUGUUUAAACCGUUGUAUUUUGUUUUUUGUUCUUCUUACUUCGGUGACGGCGUUAAUAUUGGUGGUACUUUUAAUGUUUGGCAAAGUUGGCCUUAUCGUCGAGCGAAAUUGCGCGUGUAACCCGGAAAAAGGAGACUUAAAAGAAGUACCAAGUGGGCAGGAAGUGAAAGGUGGUGCACCCUCAAGCAGAAGUGAAGUGGGCCUGUCAGUUUCGCCACCUGAUAUCUCAUCACUGGAGGACAAGAUCGACCAACUUAAAGCCAAUAUCUCGAUGAUAAAAAAAUUUAUGAUAACUCUUCAGCACGAUCUUCACAAUACAAGAGGCAAUUUAAAUGAAACCAGAGAUAAAGUCAGUGAGACAAAAGAUGGACUUUUGCAGAUAAAAAGUGGAAUGCAAGACUCUAUAGAUAAGAUCAGUAACAUCAGUCAACAGCUUGAUAAAUCUGUUAGUGUUGUCAAUGAAAGUUUCCACCACGAGCUGGUAUCUCUGGAGACAACUUUCAUCACAAAGUUAAACAACACAUUUCAAAGCCUGUCUGAUGCUGAUAGCACCUUAAAAAGUUCUCUGGAUGUUAUUAACAGCUCCCUAACUUCACAAAUUCAAAGCAUCAGCAAGUUACAAGGACCGAUAGGCUCCCCCGGAUUCAAUGGGUCCAAAGGUGUUCCAGGUGCUCCAGGUAACGAAGGGCCCAAGGGAGAUGCAGGUGCGCAAGGACCCCCGGGUCAGCAAGGUGACGCAGGGGACCCGGGAAGGAAUGGUACUGAUGGUGUUAAUGGCCAAAAGGGAAAUCUGGGACCACAGGGUGAUAAAGGACCACAAGGGCCUGUAGGACCCGCAGGACCUUCCGGACCCCCGGGCCCCAAAGGGCCUCCUGGAGCCGGGAACUUCAGUCAGUGUGCAUAUGACUUAUCAGAACGAUUUUUUACAGCUUCUAAUUUCCAGACAGGAGAUGUUGUGUUAAUUGAACCGGAUGGGAAGAAGAUUCUGGGUGUCUCUUGUUCCACUAAUCAUGCAGCAGAAUACAAUUUAGACAUAGAGAAACUUACUUCCGGGAAAUAUCGUUACCGUUGUACCUGCAAGGGGAAGUCUUCGUUGUUCCCAGAUUUGACCGGUUCGGUGAAAUGCAUCCUGCACUACUGGGCGUGCCCAUUGACAACAUAAAUGAUAUCACAUAACCUUUAGAUUCAAUGGUGUUAGCUAUAGAAGUAUAUUUUUGUUAUGUAAAUUCCAAAGUUUUCAAACUUCUCUCAUUGUUAUGGUCAGAUAUCUUUUGCCGUUCUGAACUUUCGAAGAAUACUCUCAAGGGAGACUAAGCGUGAGCCAUAUCAUCGUCCAGAUAAUAUGGCUUUGACAAACUAAACGACAUCGGUGGUACGUAUGCGCAUGUAUGCGACUGUCGACGCGACUUUCUUAAUACAGCACACGGCUGGAAGAUCGCUUUAGUAUGAGCCUUCAAUCCUUCAAUUAAAAUUUUAGUGUCUUUCACUUUUAUCACUGCCUAGUGACUUUUGGUUUAGAUAAACACAAUAGAAGAAUUGAAUGAAGCUUUAUUUCAAAUAAGAUUUACAGCUCAUAAGAAUUUGAAAAUACGAGUUUCGCAAUAUGAUAAAAAGAAAAAGCCUAGAUUAAGGCUUUAUUUUCCCAAAGGAAAAGAAGUUAAUUUCGGUUUUUAUCAUCAGUGAAAAUGGUUAAUCUGAAACGAGGAAUACUGUUUUCUUAUCAGUUUAAAGAGGAAGCUGUUAGGUAAUCGGAAUGAAAUAUAAUGUACAGUAACGUCGUUUUCGUUUUCAUCAUUCUCUUUAAACACCUUCAGAUCUUGACUUUAUUAUUUUUCGCUUUCUUAGUUUCAAUUUAUUUAUUUGUUGUUGUUUAUUUUAACGCUUUUAACUAAAUUGAACAAUGUGGAACAUAAAGUUUUGCAUACUAACGUACAUCAUGGAAAUCUCCCCAAGCAUUGGUGAGUCAUGACGUAACUUUUAAAGCAAUUGUGUUAUCAAUUGCGUUGUUAUUCAUGUGUUGCUAUUUAUAAAUGUUGAUUUACAGAAGUUCUAGAGGAGAUGUCAACCGAGUAUCAAAAGUAAUCUGUGUAAUCUCAAUCUCAAAAACCCACGCUUCCUUUUGAACCAAUCAAGUGCCUGUCCAAAUACUUCCGUUUUCUAGCGCUUCGAGCCUCUUGCAUCCUUUGCUUUUCGUUGUGGUUGAUUCUUCGUGGACCUUUGCUCAGUUCUGAUUGUUCGCUGCAAUUACCUUAGAUUUGGUGUUACGAAACUCGAUCAAAAGUUGCUCUAGAUAUGCUUAUUAAUUCGUUAACACACGGUAAUGAAGUUACAAGCAUACUAAUUUUCUCACUUGAUGUUUUUUGCGUUUUUAUCUGCAACUUGUUUACAAGGUACUUAGACUGUAUGCAGGCAUACAUGCUGAGGAGCAAUUUUUAUUCGCGUAUUUUACUUAAGUUUAUAGUAAAUGUGUAUACUAAAACAUUAAGUAUAUUUAUUAGAUGACACAACCACUUUAAGAUUAUCUCUUAGGGCGAUUCAACGUAGUCAGCGUAAGAAAACUCGAUAAUCUGCUUUGGUUAGUUUGUUAGUUUUAACAGAUAUAAUGUUUUAUCGGCCUAAAUGUCAACUAGGAGUUUUAUUUGAAUUCGAAUUGUAUCAGAGGAUGUAUUUUUGAACACAGAGGUCCGUAGCAUUCUUUAGUUAGGAACUGAGAAGCAUCUUUUGUGGUUACAGUUUCCAUUAACAAAUUGUAUAGAGUACUUUAAUGUGCGUGGUAUGCAAGCUCCUUUUUUACAACACGAAUCUCUGUAGAGGCAGCAAUGCAGACGCACUCCAGAAUAGACGAACAUACUUGCAAAAACAAAACACGUGUUAAAAACGGUUUUUCUUUUUACAUUGGAAACUGAACUAUUCUACGCAGGUUUCUGAAAAGCAAGGGGAUGCUUAGAAGGUACCCCAGAGGUGUUUGUAUAUAGAGAAUAUGUUAUCGAAUUGAGAUCGUUUAGUUAGCUAUGAAGUUUAACAUUUGUAGAAACAGUUCACAAGGGCUAUUAGGAUAUAAUUCAUAAGUCCUGUUUAGAUACCUUGUAAAAAUAGACUUAAGUGUCUGAGUAUGUACAUAGAGGUAGAAUUGAAUAGUUUUCUGUUAUAUUAAAAUUUUAGUUGAAAAUAAAGAAAGAAAUGACUGAA